AUGUCCACGCCAUCCACAGCUACUGCAACCCAUCCCUCUCACCAGCGCUACGGAUACCCCCAUUCUUCAUACCAAGCGACGACUUCUUACUCAACCCCGACUACCGCCGCAGGGGCUCGCUUGACAAAUCCCUACAACUACUCGGUCCCCUCGCCGACCACCGCUCCUACCACCCUUCCCUACAACCCAUCGGCUCGAGUCGCGCCAGCGACGUCGACUCCCUCGGGCAUGGCCUCCCACCAAAGUGGAUCCAGCGCCGCCCCUUCGCAAACUGGCCGGAGAAAGAAGCCCGAUUGGGGCGAAUUCUACAAGAAUGGUAUCCCCAAGGAGGUCAUCGUAAUCGAUGACAGUCCAGGUCCUGACGCUUCCAAACCCGCGCCAGCACCUCCGGUUAACGGCGCCCCCGCUGGUCAACCCGCUGGCCAACCCGCUACGUCUCAACCUGCCGGCAAGCGGCGACGCACCGGAAUCGAAACUGCCUAUGAUUUGGGCUACUAUGACCGUCCCUCCUUUUCCAUCAACCCCCAGCAGUAUGGAGAGAAAUCCUCAAACUCGCUAUCAACCGACCGAACCACCUCGCUACACACUACAGCCCCGACCUCACUGGGCUCUCAGGGCAGUUCGGGCGCCAGCAAUGGGGUCUACUACGAAGAUGCCGCAGCUGGCCAAAAGCGCAAGCGGACUACUCGGAAAUCAACUCGUGAUGAACAAAAGCGGCGAGAACUGGAGACUGUCGGUGACGCGUUCCUCGAAUAUGUCCCACCACCGCAGCCGGUCAUCAAGGCCAAAGAUGUACCCGUGCCUGUUGUUCGUGACUAUACUAGUUCACGAAAUGAAAAGUUCGACGACGAAGACGGCCAUUAUAUUGUGACUCCUGAUACACUGUUGACUGAUCGAUACUCUGUGAUCAAACUUCUAGGACAGGGCACAUUCGGAAAAGUAGUGGAAGCCUAUGACAAGCGACAAAAGACCCGUUGCGCUAUCAAGAUCAUUCGCUCUAUUCAAAAGUACAGAGACGCCUCCCGGAUCGAAUUACGAGUAUUAUCAACUCUCGCGUCGAAUGACAAAAGCAACCGCAAUAAGUGUAUACAUUUACGAGAGUGCUUUGAUUUCCGGAAUCAUAUCUGCAUCGUUACCGACUUGCUGGGUCAGAGUGUAUUCGAUUUCCUGAAAGGCAACGGCUUUGUCCCAUUCCCCAGCAGUCAGAUUCAAAACUUUGCCCGACAAUUAUUCACAAGUGUGGCUUUCCUUCACGACCUCAAUCUCAUUCACACCGAUCUCAAACCCGAAAACAUUCUCCUCGUCAGCAACGCCUACCAAACCUUCACAUAUAAUCGAACUAUUCCCUCAUCCUCACAUGCCAACCCUCGGAAUGCUCGGCAGCGACGUGUUCUUCUUGAUAGCGAGAUUCGGUUAAUCGAUUUUGGCUCAGCCACUUUUGAUGAUGAAUACCAUUCUUCGGUCGUUUCAACAAGGCACUACAGGGCACCUGAAAUCAUCCUCAACCUAGGGUGGAGUUUCCCUUGUGAUAUCUGGAGUAUUGGAUGCAUUCUAGUGGAGUUUUUCACAGGGGAUGCCUUAUUCCAGACCCAUGACAACCUUGAACAUUUGGCGAUGAUGGAGGCAGUCAUCGGUAGCAAGAUCGAUCAAAAAUUGGUUCGGCAAGUCAUGCAAGGACGUAGUGGAGGCAACCACAAUUCAGCUGCCAAAUACUUCAACCGCAGCAAACUCGACUAUCCGAAUACCGAAACAACCCGGGCAUCUCGGAAGUAUGUUCGUGCAAUGAAACCAUUGAAUGACUUUAUUCCGACCAACACCCCCUUCAACCGACAAUUCCUAGACUUGUUACGCUUGAUAUUCGUUUACGAUCCGAAAGCACGCAUAACUGCCAAGGAAGCAUUGAAACACGCAUGGUUCAAAGAGAGCAUCAUUGAUGAUGGCACAGAGGCAUUCAGGAUUGGCAUGGGAUUGAAUCGAGCUGCUGCUCCUCGCUAG